AUGGAACAAAACAAAACUUACUUUAUCAGGCCACAGCUAAAUAUAAGAAAGAUCAUUUCAGAAUUAGAAGCAUCCAAUUUAAAAGAAAUAGCCAGAGAUUCUCCUCGAUCAAUAUUCCCGUAUGUUGAGCAUUUUAGCAAUAAAAAGCUAUCAAAAUUUCGAGGCUCAACGAAUCUAGCGAAUAUGGGAGAGUUUCUUUUUAAUUUUCAAGCGAAUUUAAACGACCUCAAUAUAGAUCCUGAAAUAUUUAAGAUCAUUAUUGGCCAUCCAUUUUAAUUUCCAAAGUUAAUUUGUACUUGUCAGAUUUUUUGAAAAGUUGAAACGAAAAUGGCAAAUCUCGUUUAUGGCUUUAAGUUGCCUAAUCAGACUUAUACUAUAUAAGGCAGAUGCCCUGCGCCAUAUUUUUUCUGGUCGGUAUUCCCUGGGGUAUAGAGAUCUAUUAAGAUGCAUGAGCUAUAGCACUUAUACAAUUCUUAGAAAAAGCCAUAACAUAGAAAAUUUAAAUAGAGGAAGAAAAUCACCCGAUCUCCUACCAAAAUUUGUAUCAAAAAUCCCUAUAGAAUCUUCAAGAAAUUCAGAUUACACAGAAAAGAAGCCUAAAAAGCCUAGAAGUGAGAGGGUACCAACUGAUUUAAAAUUAAAUUUCCCUGAAAAUUACUCUGCCAAAUCCUCAGAAACAAAAUCAAAAGUAUUUUUCCCGAAAAUCUCCCAUAGCCACAAGCACAGUCAAGAUUAUAGUUUAUCAUCUGAUGAUUACUCAGUUACUUCUCAUAUAAAAAAUAUUUCGGACUCUCCUGAAGGAUUUUCUUUGCUUACUUUUUAUUACUUAUUGAGAAGCCUUCUGCAGACCUGCAAGCCACCCUCCCCUCCGUAUAGCGCUCUGCCCGCUUGCUUUUCAGUCUGGACAUCGCCUUUUUCUGUGUUGCUCCUCACCGAUCAGGGCUUGCACUUGCUACUCUAGAGUCAGAGACUCUGGGUCGCCAUGCCGUAUAUCAAAGGGGUUGGAAGAUUGAAAAAUUGGCGAGCUCUCAACCAAAAUGGAAUCCAAAGUCAGGAUGCAGCGCCUGGUAUCGCACUAUUUCUCCGAUUGGCCAAGCGAUAAACUCUUGCCUUACCGGGUGUCUCCAUUCCAGCUCCAGCAAAUCAUCUCUCUGCAAGGUAAAGACUUUACCUAGAUAUGAGCAUGCGGCUGACAUUGCGCCCCACCAAGCCAAGUAAAAUCUGGCCGGAUACACAUUUCUGAAUGCUGUCCUCCUUCCGCAAGGUCCACCAGCUUUCCCAGCUGAGGUGUUAAGAAAUCAGGCUAGUUCACAACGUUAUUUUUAAAAUAUAAGGAUUUUCUUUGCACAAAAAGGUCGUUUUUAACAAGAUUGCGAGAAAGAAGAAUCUAGGAGUGGAUGUAUCUCUAAAUACUGAUGAAGCUUUAACUUGAAUAAUUAUAUGUGUAGUUUAUAUCCUAAUUUCUAAAUUUUUUUUGAAAAUUCGGCUCUAUGACAAUAGUUAUAUAGUAAAGGAUUGCAACAGUUAUAGAGUGAUUUAUUGUGGUUUUAGCUUAUUCUUUGUAGUAUCAUUUACUUAA